AUGACAUUAUUACGUAAGAAGAUCCGUUCUUUGUUCUUUGUGCUUCAAGGACUGCUGAUGCAUGAUCCGUGGAAGUAUGUUGCAGCAUUUGCAGUUUCUGCUUUAGCGUCUAAUUGGGAAAGACUCAACAAGCCUUUUAACCCACUUCUCGGCGAAACGUACGAGCUAAGCAGAGAAGAUUUAGGAUUUCGGUUCAUUUGCGAGCAAGUGAGUCAUCAUCCACCUGUCAGCGCAUUCCAUGCAGAAUCCAACGAUUUUCAGUUCUAUGGCAAUAUCCAUCCAAGGCUCAAGUUUUGGGGAAAAUCGUUAGAAAUAAAACCGGAAGGUACACUCACGGUACAACUUCUCAAGCACAAGGAAAUUUAUACUUGGACGAACGUCCAUUGCUGUGUUCAUAACAUCAUCAUCGGCAAGCUGUGGUUCGAACAAUACGGAUUAAUGGAAAUACACUGCCAUACGACGAACUUGACUGUCCAAUUAAAUUUCAAACCAGCUGGCUGGUUCGGUCGUGAUUUGCACCGGAUUGAAGGAUUCAUCGUAGAUGGACAAAAGAAGAAAUUGUGCUUCCUGUAUGGGAAAUGGACGGAUUAUUUGAAAAUCUCAUCAGUAGCGGACUAUGAAGAAUACAUGAAGACAGAAUCUGGCAGCAAGCACAAGCAUAAUUCAGAAGGCGGUGCCGAUGAAUCCAAUCACGACACGCCCACGAAAAAAAUAUCUAAUAAACUAAACAUCUUGACCAGAUCCUUCACUGGAGGUGGAUCAUCAAGAGGUGCAACUUCACCAGAACCACCAGUUUCUCCACACGACCCACCUGAAGCGCUUGAUGACAACAAUGGAACAAUUCCGAAGAGCGACUCUUCGUCGUCUCUGGACAUUCCUAAUUCUUCAAUCUUGUGGCAGGUCCAGCCUCGACCAGAAGGUUCAUGCAAAUAUUAUAACUUCACGAGCUUCACUAUGGCUCUAAAUGAAAUCAACAGCGAAUUGAAGAAAAUUCUGCCAAGGACAGAUUGCAGGUUUAGACCAGACAUCCGGAAGUUAGAAGAAGGCGAUACAGAAGGUGCAGCGGCAGAGAAAACUCGUCUGGAGGAAAAACAGAGAGAAGCACGAAAACAGAGGAAAAAAAGAAAAGAAUCGUGGAAUACGAGGUGGUUCUACCAGAGCAAAGUACCCCAUAUAAAGAGUGAAAUCUGGCUUUUCAACAACAAAUACUGGUCUCGUGACUAUGCCGACUGCCCAGAUAUAUUUUAAAGACGAAGGAAGUGAAAUCAAAACUUGGAUCGUUAAAUAAUGCGAAGAAGGAAUUUGGUUUCAUUUUUACUAGACUAGAUCGACUAAUACCUUUAGUAAUCUAUUAUCCAAAGAAUAGUGUAUUAAGAAAGGGAAAUGGCGUAUGACUUAUUAGAGCAAAAGUAUUUAUUGUCUUUAGCUCUUCAGCUAUUGCUGGAUUCUAAACGGUGCUGAAAUUGCUAAAACAAAGUCGAGAAAGUCCUAAAGCUCAAUUUCGUAGCUGCUAUCAGAUUCUUAAACAGGGAUAUAAUUAAGUGAACAGCAAUUAAACAGUUCAUAUUUUAAACUUUAAGAAAAUUCUUUAACAAGUAAUCAAGAUAUUAAAUAGCAAAAAUGAAUAAAUUUUUUUAAAUAUAUCCUACUAAUCAAACAAAAUAUUUUUCCUUUUUCUGUUUUAUACAUGGACAUAAUAAUUAAAAAAGAAGAAACUGUUAAAAACUCUAAUAGCGGCAUUAGGAAUGCCUUAUCGUUGCGCUAAAAAAAUCGUAUACACAGAAAAUUCUAUAAUAAUGCUAACUGUCUCGUGGCGAUCACCUUCCGUAGACGAUUAUCUCUGAAACUAACUAGCAUUUCUGAGGCAUAGAGCAUUAAUUUUCUAAAGCAACAACCUCCAAAAAAAUUUAAAUCAUCUAAAACUGUGGGUGGUCAUCUUGCAGAAGGUUUAUUAUAUGUCCUUCGGAUGUCCCAUAAGUCCAUCAUCAUAGAGAAUUUUAUAGAAUGUAUUCAAAAUGGUCUCCUUUACGUACAAGAUUCAGAUUCAACAAAUUCUGCCAUUCCAAUAACAUGUUCGGCAAUGAUAAGAAAAAUCUGAUGAUAAACAUGACUGUUUCGUUUUCUGAAGGUCAGCAGACAAACAAGGUUAGACUGUUUCCAACGCUCGAGGUCAGUGGCGUCACUUGAUGUACAGAAAUGGAAUAAACGUAGAGAAACACAAAAAGGAGUCGGUAAUAGUUGGUUCUGGGCAUACUGACAGUACAGUAAUCUUGCUUUCUUCUAGAUGCUGAAAACUAAUAAUAAUCUCAAUUAUUAUCAACGUAAGUUAAAACAUCCAACUGUUCUACUGACAAAGUUGAAUCUUGUUAGAAAUCAAUCAGCAUUUUCUCAUCAUCUUAUCCAGAAAUUGAAAUUUAACUUAUGAACGUUCACAAAAUUUUUCGUGAGAGUUCAAAGACUGGAGACAAAUAAAAAUAUUUUCUUAUUUAAUUAUUUAAAUGAGGGUUCACAAGUAGAUUAUAGAAUAUAAAAACACGUAUGAACAUAUAUUCGGGACCGGCGCCAGAGCUGGUGCAAACGGUGCAAUUGCACAGGGAGGCAGAAUUUAGUUACGGCAAAACUGAAUCUAGAAAUCGCACGGUUUGUACCGAACAGCGAAAAGCCUACAGCUACUCAAACCUAGUACCGGCCCAGUAUAUACUAUCCAUUCAUCAUCGAUACAAAAAAAAAAAAAAUACUUUUAUCGUAUUCUGGGGGAAGUAAUUGCCCCUCUGCGGACACCCAUAUAAGGAAUCCAUGUAUAUAAACAAUUUCAUAACAUCUAUACCAUUCCAGCCAAGCUAUUUCUUUAAGUGCAAGUUAAGUUCUUGUGAAAAUAACUUAGUUAUAUUAUUAGAUGUAAAGCUUAUGCAGUGUAUUAAUUUUAAAGAAUGCUCAAUAGUAAUACUUCAUAAAAAUGCAAUAUAUAAAAAGCCAUUAAGAUUGCUAUUCAGUAUUAGAGUGAUAUGAGGAAUAAAAUUCACAUUUUUUCGGGACCAAAAUCAAUUAUUCCUUUUUAUAUGUGAAUCUCAAAAUCUAAUACUGGAUGAAUCUGUAUUGCCAUUUCUUUGAUGAAACUGUAUGUUUCUGAAAUUCAGAUGCAAAGUUUAUAGAAUUCAAGUUGCAUUAGCGUAACAACUGAAAUUUCAAAGUAUUUUUAAUUUGCAUAUGUAAUAUAAAUUAUGGAUAAAAAAAACGCUGAAUUUUUCUUUUUUAAUAUAUAUUUCAGGUAAUUUAACUAUGUUGCUUUCAGAAUUUGAAAAUGAAUGCAAGUUUAUGUAAAUAUAGAUGAGGGAAAUAUGUUCUGUUUUUCUAAGAACGUUCUACGUUGCUGUUUUAUACCUUUAUCAAUUUCAUUCACCAUGAAGGAAAACACAUAAUCAUUACUCUCUAGUUUCAAUUUUGAAAGAAAAAAUUCUGAUAAGAAACAUUGUUACAAUUUGCAAAAAAACAGACUACUUGUUGUUUGGGAACAUAUUAAAAAUAAAUUAAAUUCAAAAUUUAAUAAGGAAUGUAACAUUUAUGAACAACGAUGAUUAAUUCCUUUAAUUAUUAAAAAAACUUUUAAUUUUCUUUCUAUACUAAUAUAUUUAUGCUAAAUAAAUAAUUUUUAUGAAGUAUAUGAAAUAAACUUAGGAAUUAUAUUUAUUCGAAAUUCGAACCAGUAUUAUAUUUAUUCGAAAGUACUUUUGCAUAAUCAGUAUGUAAUUAUGCUUCACUACAUUUUUUAUCUCCCAUUUGGUAUACUGUUGAUAUUUCAUCAUGAAGAAAUCUUUAUUUAUCUUUCUUUAUCCAUGCUCUUUGCACCUCUGUGCCCACCAGCGGCCGAGCGGUAAAGUCGCUGAACACUGGUAGUUCGGUCCGAGGUUCGAAUCCCGCGAACGGGCUGGCUGCAUGGGCGUUUUCGUGGUUUUCCCCAUGUGUAACGUGUAUACGAGCCAGUUUCCCUUAGAAAGUCCUCCACGAAAGGCAUCCCUCCCCUUAGGCAGAUAGCCCUCGAGGCUUUGCCAUAAUCACACAUACAUACACCAUACAUACUCUUUGCACCUCUAAAACUUCUUGCAGAUAUUAAAAUCUGAAAAUGUAAAGAGCCAUGUGUUUUGGAAAGCAUUGAUGAAAGUAGAAGUACGUUUAUUCUGUUGUAGUUGAUUAGGCAUUAGAUUAUCUUGAGAAUAAAAGUUUAAUCUGGUGCAUGAAAGCAGAAAUGAAUAGAAGGGAUUAAUAAAAUACAACCCUCAAAAUAUAAAAAGUCCUGUUAAUCUGGGAAUAUUAAAGUGUGACUUGAACUAAUAAAAUUUUAAUAGCGCAUUUCAAUGAAAUGUAACAUCUCUAAUAUAAAACUGGCGAAGGAAUAAGAUCAAUCUCUCUUAAACGUAUGCUUUGUAAUUAAAAGAAAAAAUUCAAGCUUAUAUAAUUUAAUUUUUCAAUGUACUUCCAAAGAAUUAAAACAGCUUAUUAAAUACUUUACAGAAAAGCUGUUGAAUAAUGAUUGUAUUUCAACGAAAAGUCAGAACUUAUAAAUAUUGGCAUGGAAUAUUAAUCAAAAGUUUAAGUACUGCUUCCAUUAAAUACAUAUUGGUUGUAUAAGUAUGUAUAAAUGUGACUGCCCUUUUUUGAUACAUAAAAGACAUUUGCGUUUUCAAAAUAAGAAAGAUAUUUAUUCAAAGUAUUUUCACCAGAUGCUACAACAUUCACUUAUCUGUCAGGAAUAAAACGAUUCCGUAGGCGAAGAAGUUUGGUUAUUUUUGGUUAUUUUGAGACAAUCUAGUCAUCAAUCGAAUUCUUGAAAUCCUUUUAACAAUUAAAGCACUCUCCAAAAAGGCCGCUCCGUAUAGGUUGAAAUAAAUGGUGAUUUAAAGAACCACUAUCUGGUGCAUACGACGAAUAAGUUAUAUAUCUCAGCGAAGAACUUCUAGAGUUCCUUGACCGGUCUUGCAUACAGUGGGCGAAUUUUGAAAUCGUUAUAAGAACUGAAGUGCUCCGAAAUUAGGCCGCUCUGCAACAAUUGAAACAAAUAAUGAUCUGAACAAGCAAUAUCUGGAGGAUAUGGGGGAUUGGGCUACACAUCUCAAGGAAGUGCUUCUACAGUUCCUUGACUUUGUGGGCAAGCAUUGUCAUGUUGAAAAUUAGCCAUAAAAGAUAUUUUUUGCUUAGUUCAAAUUCAAUAAACGUUAUUUGUAACUUU